CGGCUCUGCUCUCCUCUCGUCUCUCGUCCCCUCUGCCCCUUUCUCCGUCUAGCUCCUGUGCGACUUGUAGGUGCUGCUGCUGCUGCUGCUGCUGGUGGUGCUGGGCUGCGUCUGCUUGGAGGGUGCUGUGCCAGGUCCGCUGCUUUGGCCUGUGGCUUAGUUGGGCGCGGGAUGGAUAGUAGAUGAAGAAGAGGUGGUGUGGUUGCUUUCGUUGGUUUGUCGGGGGCGCCUCAUCUGCGAGCCGAGAGGGAGGAAGAAAAGGGAAAGGAACAAGUGUAAGACGUUGUAGGUUGCCGAGGAGGGAGGAACGGAGGGGAGUGAGGGCUAUUACUAGAUUAUCACCACCGACAUCAACUUCUUCUAUCACCGUCACCCUCUGCUCCUCUGGUGCUGGUGCUUCUGCCGCAUGUCAGGUGAGAGGAGAGGUUGGUGCUUUUUCCAUCGCAUCCUCUCGCUGUAGAGAGUUGGGUCGUUGUUGUUGCUGGCAGCGGAGAGAGAGAGAGAGAGCGAGAGGUGCUUGCUUUCAUCUGCAGAGAGGGAGGCCGGGAGGGCGGAGCAGGAGGCACGGGGAGGGAGGAGGAGGAGGGGGAGAGAGGCAGAUUGUUUUCCUACGCAGCGCCCGAAGAGCGGAUUCCUUCUGUCUCCCUGCCGCCUUGUUUCGGGCACGGCACGCACGGACAGGAGACGACGAUAGGCGUUUUGGUCUUGUUUCUCUGGUGCAGGCCGCGGCCGAGCGACCUGGCAAUUGCUGACGAGUGCUCGUUUGUCCCCGACGACGACUAAUCUUCUACGCAGUGACCCGGUGCGCUUCGGGGGAGAUCGUACUUGAAUUGUGCUGCAGCGGGGAAGCCUAUUAGGGUUUGUAGUUGCGAUCUCAUGGAUGUCUGGAGACGCCGGAAUUGUUAGCUAACGCAAGCCACUUCUAUCCGUCGCGAGAGCUUCAAUACAGGUUGUGUCUGCUUGUGGUCGCACCUCGCAACUGUCGAGUUUCACUGCUGGAGCUUGUCGUGUACAAAAGAUACGAGAAAGCCUCGACUACGCAGGGGGAUGCGGGGGUGGAUUGGACCUGGUACUGGGACAGGGCCAGGUGGAGGACAGGUGAUCAUUAGGGUUACAGGAAGUAAGAAAAAGUGCGAGUAAAGGAGUGGAAAUGGUUUAGACAUAACAGCAGAUUUCACCUUCGGAUGCUCGGAACCCCCUUUGAGAGAUCGCGUAGGCACUGUCUGCGUACUGCGUUGAGGAUUUGGAGAAUCUUUCAGCUAGAGGGCUGGUCAUAAGUGCUCGGUAUCUUCUCCGAAGUUGAGCGAAUCGGAAUCAUUGGUCACUCAACGUUUCUUGUCAGCUGCGUUCAAGGAUCAAAGGGUCUCAGAUAUUGCACGGUUUUGGAAAAAAAUGUUUUGGCGCGUGGCAGGACUAUCUACCACCUCACCUGUCGAGUCUGUUCUUGACAAGGAAGUCUUCACCCUUGAAGAGCUUCUAGACGAGGAUGAGAUCAUCCAGGAAUGCAAGGCUCUUAACAGCCGCCUUAUCAAUUUCCUUCGAGGAAAGGUCCAGGUUCAGCAGAUGCUGCGCUACGUUAUCGAGGAUCCACCAGAAGGUGCAGAAAACAAGAGGGCGUUUAAAUUCCCCUUUAUUGCAUGUGAAGUUUUCACGUGUGAAAUCGAUGUAAUCUUUAAGACUCUUGGGGAAGACGAAGAGCUGAUGAAUAUGCUCUUUUCCUUCUUGGAUCCUAGUCGUCCUCACGGAACAUUGCUGGCUGGAUAUUUUAGCAAGGUUGUCGUUUGUCUACUGCUUAGGAAGACGGUCCUCGUGAUGCGAUAUCUGCGUUCUCAUCAGGAGAUUUUAAAAAAGCUGGUGGAUUUGAUUGGGAUCACAUCAAUUAUGGAGGUACUCGUGAGGCUUGUUGGAGCCGAUGAGCAUAUUUAUGCCUUUCAUGCUGAAGCGCUGCAAUGGCUGGCGGAUACAGACUUGCUAGAAAUGCUCGUGGAUAAACUUAGCCCUCCGCAUUCUUCAGAAGUACACGCCAAUGCUGCAGAGACUUUAUCGGCAGUUACGCGAAUUGCUCCAUCAGCGCUUGCCUCCAAGCUAGCCAGUCCAAUGUUUGUCGCCAGACUCUUCAACCAUGUCCUCGAGGAUCCAAGCUCGAAGUCCACUCUUAUUCAUUCGCUGUCGGUUUGUAUAUCUUUACUGGACCCGAAGAGGGCAGCCUCUGUAGCUGCAGCGCGAGGUCAGCAUCCAGCAGAGCCUGUUCCUACUGCGAACCCCGAGACCGUAGAAGGCAUGCUGCAACGGCUCGGUGAUCUGCUGAACAUCCUGGAUGUCUCAUCUGAUGAGAAUGUCUUACCGACGACUUAUGGACAUUUGAGGCCACCUUUAGGCAUCCACCGAUUGAAGAUUGUGGAGUUCAUUGCCGUUCUACUGCGAACGAACAGUGAAGGCGCCAGACAAGAACUCGUUCGGCUAGGGGCUAUUCAAAUCAUAUUGAAUCUAUUUUUUGAUUAUCCGUUCAACAAUAUGUUGCACCAUCAUGUCGAAAGCAUAUUAACUUCUUGCAUUGAGAGCAAUAGCCAAGCGCUUAUUGACCACCUCUUCAAAGAUUGUGAUUUUAUCUCCAGACUUGUCGCAGCAGAUGAGAACCCUUACGCACCGGACACCAGAACAGAGCCGAGGGCCAUCAGUAGAACACCUCCAAGGAUAGGCAACAUGGGACACCUGACAAGGCUUGCCAACAAAAUAGCUCACGCCGGAAACAACAAUCCACUUAUUCAAAAUCACCUCCAGGCUAAUCCAAGAUGGAAUGAGUGGCAGUCAACUGUUCUUCUAAACCGAAACAUGUUAGAGAAUGUUCAGCAAUGGACGUGCGGGCGACCAUCUCCCCAACCGGAACGCCCGGUGGACAGUGAUGAGGAUGAUAGAGAUACUUUUCGCGAUAGAGAUUAUGACAUUUCAACCAUGGCAAGAAAUUUAACCGGGGAAGUCUAUCGCUAUGGAAUGUUUGACAAUGAAGAUGUCGAAGAGGGCCAUGGUUCACUCGAAAGAGAUGAUGAGGAUGCCUAUUUCGACGACGAAUCGGCUGAAGUUGUAAUCUCGUCGCUGCGACUAGAAGAACAGGACAGUGCUCGCUCUAAGGACGGCAUGUUCGGCAACAAAAACUGGUUUGCGUUUCAAGAUGACAAUAGGUCUCAACAACCUUUGCCCAACUUUUUGAUAUCUCCACCAUCUCAGAGGGUUGAAGAUGAGCAAGUCACUAAUGCAGCGUCGCCCCCAAAUAACAGUGGUGGAAGUAGCAGCGAUGAUGAGGUGAUUGUUGGAGAGGGCGAGGAUCUUGUUGACACUGCGACUUCUGCAAAUGCACCAGCCACUGUCGGGCCUAGUUUCGAGGCACGUCGCGAAAAUGGGACUGGGCACGAUGAGGUAGAUUUGAGAGAGUCAACUAUCACCUCCGUAGAAGAUAUAUCUGAGCUGGAAAAAUUUGGCUUGUCAGACAACUUAUUCUCUAGUGAGCGUGGAGAAGGGAAUGUGGACUGGGAAGGUUUACGACAAAACUCUGCUCUCGAAGGAACGUCAGGACGGGACAUGGUUGGAGAAAAGACCUUAUUGGAAACUGAGACUGCUGCUUCAGAGCCUGGCGCAGCUGAAGCGAAGUUGGUAUCUCUCCCAGAGACUGAUGAUGAGCCCACGAGCAAUUCAGCGUCCUUGGGUGUUCCUUCAGAUGCGAAAAUAGUAGAAGAGAAUCAUGUUGAUGAUGAAGUGCAGAUGCCGUUGUUUGGCGGUAGACCAGUUAUUGGAGUCGAGGCAGAUGGAACUGCAAAAGCCAUGGAGAAAGCUUUGAAGGAAGGAAUUGUGGGAGAGGCGGCACCAAUUCUGCCCCACGAAAUUCUCGAGGACAAUAAUUUUGAUCCCAGGACGAAGGAAUUGGUCGGUAAUCCAAGUUUUAAUGAUGUUAAUUAUUGGCGUAGUGACUAUGACCAGUCUGUGGCUAAGGAAGAUCAGUUAUAGGAAAAUUUGGAGAGAGAGAGAAAGAGAGAGAGAGAGAGAGAGAGGGAGAGAGCGAGAGAGAGAGAGAGGGAGAGGGUAUUGCAUGUAGAAACUUUGUAAUCUUUAUGGGGACCUGGAGAUCCACAGGUUGUAGAAAGCACUGACUAGCUGUAGCUGUCUCAAUCUUUCAUUGGAGCACACGAGCUGGCUACUUGUUAAGGGUGUUGGAAGUCUAUGGUUACUGCCCCUGUUGAGAGCCAAGCUCAUGCUCUCAUUUGUUUUUUUUUUCCGGCCCUGUCAACCAAGCAUACCGGUGCCUUUUGACAAAUUCAGCCAGGAUUGGUGGGCUUGGCACUCCAUUCAUCUCCUUACCUUUGUCUUGUCUAGAGCGGGAAUAUCAGUCGAUAUCGGCAAAGUUGGUGCUAGUGGAUUCCCAUCAAUCAGCAUGGAGUAGUUGUAGUGAUGUAGGUAGGGUUAUUUCUCUCUGUGCUUUCUCUACUUUCCUGUCAGGCGUCAUAGGAGGGCCGUCUCCGGAUACAGCUUUACUCUUGGUCACAAUUUUUUUUGUGAGGAAUGAAACAGAGAGGCAGUGGGGCCUUCAAGAACUAUGCACAUGUAACACAAACUGCAAGUGGUAAGGAAAUCGGCAAGGUCCCCUUGUUGAUUUGAGUGUUUAUCAGGUCAUGUUCUUUGCUUGUGAUAUAAAGGUCAUCAAUUACUUUCGAGUGG